GACUGGCAGCCGGCACCCCUCGCGAGCUCCGUGCUUGGGCGGGCUGCCGGCAACCCCUCCGCGCAUGCUCAAGUGCUGGGCGGGCUGAGGCCAUCUCCAUUCAGCGGCGUCCCGGGAACAAUCCGCCGCCAUCAUGAAGCUGGUCCGAUUUUUGAUGAAGUUGAGCCAUGAGACUGUGACCAUUGAGCUGAAGAAUGGAACGCAGGUACAUGGAACUAUCACAGGUGUGGAUGUCAGUAUGAAUACUCACCUGAAAGCUGUGAAGAUGACAUUAAAGAACAGAGAACCGGUACAGCUGGAGACACUGAGUAUCAGAGGAAACAACAUUCGCUACUUUGUUCUCCCAGACAGCUUACCAUUGGACACGCUGCUAGUUGAUGUUGAGCCCAAGGUCAAAUCAAAAAAGAGAGAAGCAGUUGCUGGCCGAGGCAGGGGGAGAGGUCGAGGCCGGGGAAGAGGACGCGGGAGAGGACGAGGAGGACCAAGGCGAUAAUAAUGUUCUGUUCUGCUUUGUGGAGACAUUUGUCCUUGAUGUUUGUACAAGUUUUGUUUACUGAAGAAUUUUUGCAUUAUUUUUGUUUUUAAUAAACUUAAUUCACAUCA